AUGGCUGCUAAGCAGAAAAAUAUUUUUACUCGAAGUAAACCGUUGAUGCAUAUAUACAGUGGUAAAGACCAAGAGGGCAAAGAGGUAGAAGUUCGAGAAGAUGCGGAACAGCUUGUUAAAUGGCAUGAAAUAUCUGAUGCCCUCGUCGCCGCGGGCUAUUACAGAGCUCAACUUCAAGGGCUGUCAGCAUUCGAUAAAAUCGUUGGAGGAUUAUCUUGGUGUAUUGAAUUAUGUGAUAUUGACAUGGACAUCAGUUUGUUAUUUGAAGAGAAUCUUACUAUUGGAAAAAAAAUAGCACUAACAGAAAAGAUUGUUAAAGUUUUGCCGAGCAUGAAGUGUCCUUACAUUAUUGAACCUCAUCAAAUACAAGGUUUAGAUUUUAUUAAUAUUUAUCCAUUAGUUCAAUGGUUAAUUAAGUAUUCUAGUGAAUUCCGGGAGGCAAAAGAAGAUGAAUUACGUAAGUUUGCUGUGAAGCAGUAUAAUAAAGAUCAUAUAUUCGAACUAGAUCGUAACCAUUUCCGACAAACAGAGAAACUAUUAAAAAAUCUAGCUGGAGUACAGAAUUUAUAUAAACCAUGCAGAGUUCGUAAACGGAAAUGUGGUUUAUCUUCAAAUGAAUUGGAGCAAGUCAAUGCUGUUCUCUCAGAGUAUGACACACGCAUGUUGAUGCAUGUCUCCAACAACAAAGAUGAUCCACAACAAGAGGAUUUGGACUUUUUAUAUGAUUAUGAAAAAAGCUUAGCUGAUCCAUCAGAUAUCACUACUGAGACAGAAAUUUACCACAAUGUCAGUAAUAGAGAAGAUGUUGAAAAUACAAAAAUGCAUUACACAGUCCUUCAUUCAGAACUAACGGGUGACAUUCCAAAAGAAAUUGAACAAAAAGAGAAAAUGAAAUACGCUGAAGAUAUAGAAAAAUUAACAAAAUCCAUUGAAUCUAUGGAAAAUGAAAUGGAUUUGGUGAAACAGGAUCAUAAGAAGAAACUGGAGGCAGCUAAGGCUGAUUACAGUAGUAUUGUAACAAAACUGCAAAAGGUUACCAAGAAAUUAAUGAAAAGUGAUGAGUAUAGUGAUAAGAAUUUGAAAGAUUUUUACAAAUCACUAAAAGAAUUGGCUAAGGAGAGAAGUGAGUUACUGAAAAUUAUAGAACAUAGAGAAAAAGAGAAUAACAAAUUAAAAGAGACAUGCAGAUUAAUAAAACAACCAGAUGUAGUAAUAGAGGAGGAUCCAUUGUCAGCAGCAGAAUUAAAAGAAUUCCAAGAUAGGGAGAAGAAACUCAAAGAUUACAUAAGCAGUAUGAGAGUUGAACUCGGUCAUAUGAACAGACAGGUGUUAAGAUAUUCAGUGGCCAUCGAUGAAGUUCCCGGUACAGCAGAACUAUUGCAAUAUGAGAAGAGAUUUGUUGAACUAUACAAUCAAGUUGCCUCAAAACACAAAGAAACAAAACAGUAUUAUAUAUUCCAUAAUACUUUAUAUGAAGUUAAACUUUAUACCUCCAAGGAAUUGAGUCUUCUUAACUCCAUUCUAGAUAAUUAUGAUGAAGUAAUGUCAUCAGCAAGGAAACGCGAGGAGUUCAUGAUACAAUUUGAAUCGAUAGUGGAAUGGGUGAAUCAAACUGUCAAGAAAGUUGAACAGAAAUAUAAAAAUGAAAAGGAACAAAAGGCGGCUUUGUAUGGAGAAUAUUCUAGAUUAAUGGAAGUACAAAGACAGUACGCAGCCGCAUUGAAGAAAUUAGCAGCGGAAAGACACAAGUUUGGAAAGGAAGAGAGAUUAUAA